AUGAAGAGUUCAUAUGCAUCAGGACAAUUAUCAGAUGAUGAUGAUCAAAACUCGUUAACAUCUUAUCAAAAGUUUGACAAAACUCGUAUUCAUCAAAAACAAGAAGCAAUAAAACGUGCUGGAGAUUUACGUACUCGUCGUACACCUCAUCGAACAGAUUCCUCUGGGCUGGAUGACAUAAAAGGAUUUGAUAAUAAUUCAUUUCAUCCUGAUGACGGGGAGCCAACAACAUACAAUGGCAACAGUCGUGCUACAGCAUUUCCAACGACGGAGCCAUUGCGUACUAUUCGUAUCACAUCCAAUGAAAAAGUAACAAGCAGAUAUAGUCCUAAUAUUUCACGCUCAUCGACUGCAACUUCAACCCAUUCAGCAUCAGCCAAUCGAUUAGGCAAACCAUUGCAAACAAUAUCCGGUGUAACAACGACAGUUAGUGUUGAUGACGAGCCGGAUGAUGGAGAAGAAAUAAGACUAAACGAAGAUCACAAACGCACUAACAAAAAGCACGCUAAUGAUCAGUUGCACUCUACUAAAGCAUCACGUCGUCAUCGUCGUCGUCAACAUGAUCGACAAUCUGCUUUGACAGCACCAUCAUCAUCACUAAAUGGAAAGCACUCAAAUGAGAAAAUAUCUUCUAAAUGUGUUGUAACUUCUACUGAGAAUACCGAAAAUACAUGUUCUCUUCGUCGUCAUUCAGAUUCCGAUGGUGAAAGUGAACGUGUACUCGUCAAACCAUGGUCACCGACUCCAAAUACCUUCAACAAUUCAUCAGCAUUGCAACCGAAUAAUAACAAUAAUACGAAUAAUAGUAACGAUAGUACCAAUUCAGAUUCUCCGACUGCAACGAACGAGCAACUUACCUUUGCCUUACGAUCUUUGUUUGAAAUGAUUACGGAAGAUUUAGAUAAGUUUGUUUAUACACCUGCGCCGAACGGACUCGGAGACAUUCAAUGCCGAAUUACACGUGAUAAACGCGGAAUGGAAAAAGGUCUGUUCCCGACGUACUAUAUGCACGUGGAAAGGCCGGGUGAUGGAAAAAAAUUUUUCAUUCUUGCUGGACGAAAACGUCGACGUAGUGCUACAUCGAAUUAUUUGAUUUCCACAGAUGCCACAGAUUUGUCACGUGACGGAGAAAGAUUUAUUGGAAAAUUGAGAGCGAAUAUGCUGGGAACACAUUUUACUGUAUACGAUCAAGGUUCAAAUCCAAAACGAAAUAUUCCAGUGGAAGAACAUCGUCGAGAAGUAGCUGCAAUCGUCUAUGAAACCAAUAUACUGGGUUUCAAAGGCCCACGUAAAAUGACGAUUAUUAUCCCGGGUAUGAGCAGUGAUCAUCAUCGUGUGGAAGUUCGGCCGAAAAAUGAAUCCGAAAGUUUGGUCGAACGCUGGAAACGCAAUAAUAUGGAAAAUCUACUCGAAUUACACAAUAAAACCCCUGUUUGGAACGAGGAAACUCAAUCGUAUGUUCUUAAUUUUCACGGGCGUGUCACACAAGCAUCAGUGAAAAAUUUCCAAGUUGUGCAUGAUGACGAUCAAGACUAUGUAUGUAUGCAAUUCGGUCGGGUCAGUGAUGCUCAAUCUUUUUCGCCCAUGUGUUCACAUGCGAUUACAAAUAUCCACUAUGUGCUGUUCAAGCAUUCGUAUUCCUGGCAAACCGAUAGCAGUCACUUGAAUUGCAUCUACCUCAAUAAUUUGAUCAUUCCACCACUUGCUGUAUGGAUUGCAAGAGAUAAAGUAUGCAGUGGAACUGUUUCUAUUAAUAUUCUCUUAACGUUACUUGGAAUUGUUCCUGGCACGAUACAUGCAUGGAUUGUCAUUUGUUGCUGUAACAAUCUUGGAUGA